AAGAAAAAGGGAAUCUACAUAUUUUCAGUUUCUUCAAUAAUUCCUCUCCUUUCUUUCUUUUUCUUUCUUUCAUUCUUUCAGUAUUGGACUUGCCAUCGAUGAGUCCGUCAAGACCGAGUUGAGAGCAGUGCAAGGCUUUCUCACACUGUCUAAAACCGCGUGAGAAAUAGUCUUCCUCCUCUGAUCUCUCCUUUUCCCUUAAGCAUUUUCUCUCUCUCUCUCUCUUCCCCAAGCGUACAAGCUAACUACUUGUCUUCCAGAAACACAAAUCACUCUUCACCUUCUAUAAAAACUCCACCUUUGUUGUUCUUACUCUUGUUCGUUUCAGACGAUCUCUGCUUUCAAUCACAUUUUCAUUUCCAGUUUUGUUAAGAGUUUGAAAAGAAAGAGAAUGAUGGGAGGAAAGUGUAGCAAAGGCAAGAAAAAGGAGGAAACUUGGGGGUCACCUUCAACACCAGUACAGAUCAAAAUCAACUCAGCUUACACAGAGCACUUGACCUCUUACGAAACAGCUUGCAGCGAAGAUCCAAAGCUCGAGUCUUUCGACUCGGCUCUCCACGAACGAACCAACCGAGUCAUCAACAAGCUCGCAUCAGGCGUGGAGAUCAAAUCCUUAUCCUUCGAUUCCCUCAGAGAGGUGACGCAAUGCCUUCUAGACAUGAACCAAGACGUGGUCAAAGUCAUAUUACAGGACAAAGAGGACAUAUGGAACCACCAAGACCUUUUCGGUCUCGUCAACAUGUACUUCGAAAGCACCGCCAAGACUAUGGACUUCUGCUCUGAGCUCGAGGGUUGUCUCAACCGCGCGAAGAGAAGCCAAGUGAUUAUUCAGUUCGCUGUUAAACAGUUCGAGGAAGAGGACGAGGACGAGGAGAACGAGGAUAGAAAGUACGAGAAGACUCUUGAAGAGCUUAAGAGGUUUAAGUUGGCUGGUGAUCCUUUUACUAAAGAGUUCUUCGAUCUUUUCGAUUCGGUGCAUAAACAUCAGGUCAUGAUGCUUGACGAGCUUCAUAAGCUGAAGAGGAGACUCGAUAAGAAGCUUAAGAACAUCAAAACAUGGAGGAGAGUGUCCAACAUGGUGUUUGUGACCGCUUUUGUCUCUGUGCUCAUCUUCUCGGUGGUGGCGGCCGCCGUGGCUGCGCCGCCUGUGGUGGCGGCUAUAGCCGGUGCGUUGGCUGUUCCUGUAGGGUCUGUUGGGAAGUGGUGCAACUCUCUUUGGACUAAGUAUGAGAAAGUAGUGAAAGGGCAGAAGGAGAUCGUUACUUCGGUUAGGAUCGGGACUUAUAUAUCGGUUAAGGAGAUGGAUAAUAUAAGCGUGCUUGUGCGUAGAGUGGAAGUGGAGAUCGAGUCUUUGUUGAAGAAUGCUGAGUUUGCUGUUGCUGAAGAGAAUGGUGUGAGGCUUGCGAUGGAUGAGAUCAAGAAGAAGCUUGAUGUGUUUACUGAUACUAUUGAAGAGCUAAGGGAACAUGCGGAUAAGUAUUGUAGGGAUGUGACAAAGGCGAGGACUGUGAUUCUGCAGAGGAUAAUUCGGUACCCUACUGGUUCAACUUCUGAAGAAGCUACUUGGACAGAAAUGUUGUCGUGAGAAGACGGAUUCGAAUUCGUGGUUGGCUUUGGAGAUUUUUGGUUUGUUUUCUUUAGCACAAGUAUUAUGGACAGCUAAAGAUAUGUUACUUAAGUUAUCAAAAGAAAAAAAAAAUGUAUUAAUUGUAGUAGUUACCAUGAGGUAACCUUUGCUGAAGCAUUUUUACUUGAAUACUUUAAAGAUUUUAUGCGAUUGACUUUGGAUUUUAUAGA